AAUAGUUUGAGAAGUGUUAUAUCGGUUCCAGGGAUACAAUCAGAUUCAACGUUGAGGCAGGCGCAUUAAACCUUUUCCCAUUAAGAUGGCGCUGCCUACGCAGCUGGGCUUCUGCGUGGUGUAAGGCGUGUAGGCCUUGAUUGGGCCGAAGCAAAUCUCACCGUAACAUGUUAGCCACAGAAUGCAUCCCCAUCCCAAGCCUCUCAGGGCGCAGGCUCCGGCGAACCCAACCCUAGUCCGGUAGCCCCCGACGCCGCCCCACCGCGCCGACGCCGCGCAUCCUCCCCGCGGCCCUCGGAGGCAUCUCCUCGCCCGUCGUCCCUCGGCGCCUCGCCAUCGCCGGCGGUCUGCCUCCGCUGCUCGGCGGCUCGCCCGACGCACCCACGAGUAUCUUCCCCUUCCCUGGCGUAAAAGAAAAUCUCCCGUCUCGUCUCCUCCGCUCUUUGCGCCGUCUCGCUGCUGAACAGGGGAGGGGCGGCGAUCUCCAUCUGCCGAGCAGAGCAGGAGAGGGGAUCCUGGUCAUCAUUUGUUGAAAAAUGGCCACAGAAGAUACUUCUCACAUUUCUGGUAGUUCUGAGUCAACAAUUCCAUUGCUAGAACAGCUUGCUGAAGUAUUUGGCAAGCUGAAAUCUCACACAGAAACAUCCUUGCAAUUGCAAAACGGCAUCAAUUGGGAAGAUAUCAAAGCACAUUUCCUGAACCUUGAGAAGUCGUACAAAAGUAAGUGCGAUGAACUUGCAGAGAAGCAGAAGGCAUUAGAAGAAAAGAAAGCUGAAUCCUGUAGGCUUAUUGCAGAGAAGGAAGCUAAUGUUUCUGCAAAAGAGCGUGCUUUCCUGAACCAGUUUCAGGAGCUAAGGGAUACAGCUGUCUCUGCCCUUUCAGAGGUGCGACAAAAAUAUAAGGUGGAGCUUGCUGGUAUACUUGAUGCCAAUGGAAGCAAAGAUAAAAAGGUAAGAACCUCAACCAAUGACAUGAAUGCGUUGUGUGCUUCAGAGGAGAAUACAACUGCUAGUGGGCUGGGUGAACCAUCUGAAGCUUCACCUGUUGAUGUUAAGCCACGUCCUGUAUUGAAGCAACUAUGUGAGCAGAUGGAUACAGCAGGCCUUCUGAAAUUUCUUUCAGAAAAUUGGAAAAAACUUUCUAGCCUUCGUGAUGAACUUUCUGCUGCACUAAGAUGUGCUACUGACCCUGCACGCUUUGUGCUUGGUUCCUUGGAGGGUUUCUUCCCAUCUGACCAUACUAGUUCACCUGGGAAUAAACAGAUUAUUCUCCAAGGCCAGCGUAGAAGCUGCAUUAUUUUGAUGGAAGCUAUAACACCUGCACUAGCUACGAAGGAGCCAGGUGACAACCACCCUUGGAGCUCUGAAAUUAGGGAGCUGGCCAAGGCGAUUGCAGAAGAGUGGAAGAGUAAGCUAGCUGAGGUUGACCUCGAUGCUUCUGAUGGCUACUCAUUGGAAGCACAGGCAUUCCUGCAGCUUCUUACAACAUUUAAUGUUGAUUCGGUGCUUGACGAGGAUGAACUAUGCAAGCUUGUAGUUGCCGUCUCUCGUCGCAAGCAGACUGCUGAGCUUUGUCGCUCCCUUUGUCUUAAUGAGAGAAUACCAGAUAUUAUCAAGGAAUUGGUUAAUAGACACAGGCAAAUUGAUGCAGUUCAAUUUAUACAUGCCUUUGGGCUUUCUGAGAGCUUCCCUCCUGCACCUCUGCUGAAGACAUAUGUGGAGGAAUUAAAAGAUUCACUUGGCAAUAAUGGGGAUGGCAACGCGGCUUCUCUGAAGGAUGACCCAAAGACUCGGGAACUACUUGCAUUGAGGGCUGUAAUAAAAUGCAUUGAAGAGUAUAAGCUUCAGAAGGACUAUCCUCUUGGACCUCUCCAGAAGCGUGUUGCUGAGCUAAAAUCUAAGGGUGAGAAAAGGCCAUUGGAAGCUGGGCGCCAUAAUGCAAAGAAGCCUCGCACUUUCGGCAAUUCAGCUGCUCGCAGGCCACCAAAUCCUGUUGGUUCAGCUGGUCGCAGACCUUCAGGCCCGGCUGGUACUUGGCAGCGGCCCCCUCCACCAAUGCCUUCCUAUCCUGAUCGAUAUGGACAUGCAGAUCGGUACCAUUACACUGCACCCUCUGCAACAUAUGAUCCUCCUGCUUAUGCUUCUUACAGCGAACCAUACAGUGCCUCAAAGCCAUACCAGUACACACCAGGCUCAGUAGCUCCUGCAUCAUACAACUCGAAUCAGUUCAAAGUAGCUUAUGGUGGACCUGGUGCCCCGCCAACAGCAGGCGGCUACGGAAGCUACAACGAUGCAGCAGGGCAGUCUACUUCGAGUAGCUAUUCGGGUUAUUCUGGUUACCACCCUUCACUACCAAGGUUAUAACUUGCAUUUGCUAUGCUACGCUGGUUAUGAUAAAGCACAAUCUGGCUAUCAAUCUCGUUCAGAGUUCAGACCCCAGAUGUAACCUUUAGAUAUACUCUAGUGGAUUUUGUAGCUGUAACUGGUGUAGAUCUUGAUCUUCCAAGGCUGGUCGUGUGAGAAGCCGGUCGAUUUUAGAGACUUUUUUUUUGUCCUGCUACAUGUAUCCAGUUGAAUACUGUUGCGUGUACCUAACCUGUUUUGAAUAUUCUCCAUGUUCAGUCUUCUGUGACUAACUACUAAGAUUGGCUCCAUUUUAA